AUGGACAGAAAACGACGCAGUUCACCGGAGUUCAACAAAUCGUUAAAAAUCGACUGCAACAAUGGACCACGUUUCUUGGUGCUGACACGCUUGGAAAAAGAAAAAACAAUGGCCACUGAGAGUCCGUUCUUCAUCAAGAAGGCAAUGGAUGCUAUCACCUCAAACGUUCAAAUCUCCCGCACGAGAAAUGGUGAUCUUCUUCUGAAAACCGUCGAUCGACCUCAAGCAGCAAAACUAUUGAAACAAACCACGUUCGGUGGUAUCAACAUCAAGAUCACAGAACACGAAUCUUUGAACCUGGUCUCCGGGACUAUCUAUUGUCCCGAUUUGAUCUCCAUUUCAGACGCAAACAUUUUGGAGGAGCUCCGAAAACAAAAUGUCACAAAAAUUAGUAGGAUGCAACGUAAAGACGCAAAAGGGGAAGUGUUCGACACCGGAACAUUCAUCCUAACAUUUGAUCUUUGCCAACUACCGGAUUCGAUUGACGUUGGAUUUUACAACUGCAAAAUCAAACUGUACGUGCCAUCACCAAUGCGUUGCAACAAUUGCCUUCGCUUUGGUCACACAAAAAACCAUUGCAAAGGUAAUCGCAUCUGCGCAAACUGUGGGGGCUUAUAUCAUCUUGAUGGUAAAUGCCCUGCUCCAUCGAAGUGUUUGAAUUGUGGUGGAGAACACCCAGCCGUUUCCCGAACAUGUGCGAAAUUUCAAGACGAGUUGGAAAUCCAGAAGAUUCGAGUUACCGAACGUAUUUCGCUCAAAGAUGCCCGAAGAAAAAGACGACAGCAGGUUCCGGAAGUACCGAUGUUUACCCGAAGUUGGGCACAAGUAGUACAAAACCCAACACGCAACAACUCAUCGUCAUCGCUAUCUACCCAAGCAGAAAAAAUCCCACAACAGCCAACAAAAUCAACCGAGGUUACCCAUCCACAGCCAAGCCGACCGAACCCGAGCGACAAAAACGAAAUCGUAGAACUCAACCGAAAAGCAACGAACGAUGAAGCAGCGACAUCUGGACCACGUGAUCCACAGAAACAAACCGAGUUUACUGGUAGUGAACUCCCCACCCAACCGGAUAAAGGUAUAAGUAACUCAGAUACUCAGGAGAUAGAAAUGUCAGAUCUGCUCGCCUGGUACUCGACCGGCAGCUUCAAACGAUGCCGACAAGAGGCGGCACUUUUCGUUCAUUCGUUCUCGAUCAUCCCCCUGCAUGCCCCGGACGACUGA